AUGUCCGGCGGGAGAAUCAGAGGGGCCGCGCCCGAAAACUCCACUCCCGCCGUCGGUCGCAAGAGGUCAAUCGAGGAAGUUGAAGGAGAAAUCUCCAUCGAGAGCGACGCGACGACGGUUGAGGCAGAAAAGGAGGAACAUGCCAAAGAGCCCGGGGAUGAUUCCGUCGCCCAGUGGGAGAACCAACUCCAGGAUUCUGUGAAAGAAGCCGAUGCCCAUGACGGGGCGCUUACAUGUCUUGCUCCCAUCGUGUGUCCUCCCGUGUCGCUAGAGGAACCUGUAGACUUCACAGCAGCAGCUCCUUCCGCGGAAAAUGGUAAAGCGACGGCCUCUGCUCCCUCUGCUCCCGAACAAAAGGAUGCCGAAGAGGAACACCGCCAAUCCGCCGAGGACCAUACUAUCCUUGAGCUGCGCAUCUCCUGGAAGGCAGAGAACCCCGCCGACGAAUUUACCUGGGAACCUGAAGCCAACGUUCAAGAAGACGCCCGCACCAUUCUCUUCAAAUAUUGGCGCACCGUCAAGGGCGAGCGCAAGAGCGCUGUUGUCGACGAAGACCUGUGGCAUGUCCUCCACGUCGAGGGCCACCGCCUCGUCCCAAGCAGCGGCGACGUCCUCCUCGAUGUCGCCUGGGUCGGCUCCCAGCAGCGGUCGUGGGAGCCCGAGGCCGCCGUUAGUGAGUAUGCGCAAGAGCACGUUGAUGAUUACUGGGAGCGCGUUGGCGGACGCGACGAGGCCGUCGCCGCGGCGGGAGCUGGGCAGACCGCCAAGAGAAAGGCUGGGCCAAAGACCGACACCAAGGGAGCCCGAAGAUCCACUUCCACCACCAGUGCAACGAAGUCAAGAAGAGUGGCGACAACGCCCAAUGGGAGAGCCACGCGCGCGACGCGAAGUUGA